UCCCCCUCGUCCAAUGGGAGAGAGGAGCAGCCAAACUUUCCGUACCUGGGGACUACGAGGUGCGCGACGGGACCGGACUGGACCCUGGAGGAGAGUUUAGGUGUGCGAGGAGACGAACUCACCGAUAACUGCAUUCUUCGGAAAUUUCUUGAACAGGCUUCAAAAAUUCGACAGGGAAAAAUGUCCAAGACUCUUUUAUACUGUAGAAGAGGUGUUCCAUUUACGGUGGAAGAGGUCCAUGAUAUUUUAACCCAUCCCGAAUAUGAGAAAACGAUUACUGAUCCACCCUGCAAGCCUUGUGGGGGUGACGUCUUCCUUUAUUCUUUCAAGGACUCUCCUCAGAGGAGGAAUGAUUGGCGGUCUGAUGAAUAUUCUUGGAUCAGUAAUGGCGUCCGACUUUGGCCCAAAAAGGAUCCCAAAGUGAAGAAGAUAUAUCACAAAAUCAAAAGGGCACAAGGAACUAGACACUUCGUUCGACACUCUUAUACACUUCUGGAUGGGACUUGUGAAUUGGUUCUUUUACACUAUUUAGGAAACGAGAAGGAAUUCCAGGCGCUUCCCUUUGGAAACAGGAAGGAAAACUUAGGAGGAAUGCACACACGUUCAGGAAGAAAAGUGAUCUUGGAUGCAAAUCCUGAACCUCCCCAAAUUAACGAAGACUUUUGCAGUGAGCCCUUAAGUGACUCAACCGAUACACCUGUAUCUCAUCCCCAAAACUUAGAGCAGAGAAGAAAUGAACUUAAAAUAGAAAGACAAUGCAAACGAAUCAGCCAUGAUGAUUUGUUCAAUGUCUAUGAACUCUCUCAAGUCCUGGAUGGUUUCAUCCAUGAGUAUACAAUAAUACCUUUAGUGCUUCUUGUAAUGGGCCUACAGGACGUUCUCUCUGAAAUUAAUGAAAUAAUACAAUUAAAUCCGGAUUUUCCAAUCCUUUUUUCAUACACCGAAACUUUUGAGGUGGGCGACUUCUACUUGUCUACUUUAUUGUUUAAAAAUGUGCUUUUCAGUGAAUCGCCAUUACUUCCCGUCAUGUUUAUGGUAUGUGAUAGUAACACGGAGGACAGCCAUGAGAGGCUUUUUGUGCGCCUUUUAGAACAAUGCCCUUCGAUUGAUUCAGAAAACGUGGUGAUAGCAACCGACGGAGAAAAAGGAAUCAAAAACGCGUUAGAUGGUGUUUUGCCGCAUUGCCGCAGAGUGAUGUGUUGGAAUCGCCUCCGUCAGAACGUCAAGUGCUGGCUGAAAAAACAUGGCACCAGUUCAGGGAAGACCAAGAGGUACCUUGCAGAUAUUUCAAACCUUCUAAGGUCAAGUUCAGAGCAGGACUAUACCUCCAAAGUGCAGUCGCUUGGCAGAAAAUGGAGCAAAGCGUUCUUUGAUUACUUCAGAGAGGAACUGCACCAGACGAUAACUGUAAACGCUGGGUCCUGGGUUCUAAAAGAUAUGAACAUACAUCAUGAAAAAGGUGGUAUCACCGCAAAUAUGCCGCCAAGUUUUCACGCCGCUCUCAAAAGAAUUUCGGGAUGGGAGGAGACGUCCUUGGAGGUGAUAGUGCUGUCCUUGUACGCCAUGCAGUAUUUUUACUGGUCGGAAACCUUGCAUGGGUUAUGCAAUACAGGAAACUUGCAUUUGCUCCCGCAAUUCAUCAAGCAUUCAAGAUCACCAGAAUUUACAGUCUUUCCACGUAUGGCUUGCGAUCCUUUGCAAAUCAUGCACCUUUUGCAAAAGGGAGAAUUUCCAGAGCCGAGGACCGAGGAGAAAGGCAGGAAGUCCCCUUCAGCUUCUCGUGAACUACGGGCGGAUUUUGCUGCACAGAACACCUUAGUCACGCUUUGUCCGCAGCUUGGUGCAUUUUUGGUAAGGGGAACAAAAGAACGGAGUUAUAUAGUUCACCUUUUCCCAAAAGAGAGCUGUACCUGCCCAUCGUCCAGGACUUGCUGUCACAUUAGAGCUGCAAGGAAAGCUAUUGGUCUACCGCCUGUCCCUCGUAAGCGUCACAGGCUGCAGUUUGCACAGCUAAAACAACGUAAAAGGCAGAAGUUAAGAUCUGGCAGAAAGUUUCCUAGAACAAAGGAGAAUGUCGCUGGAGUUCCAGCAUCUGAUUCAGUUCUGUUAGCUGUCGGGACUGACUUGUUAGAACAAGAAAACUUGCAUGUGGUGAUGGAUGUGGGCGAUGAACAACCGCAGUCCCCGCUAAAAUGUUCUGAGAAAGGGUGUACGGAGGCUGAUAACGAGGUCUUUAGCAGGAGCCCUGUGACCUUGCCACAUAACAAAACGCGUCUGAGCAAAUCACAUAGCUGCCCGUCAGACCCGUGGUAUAAUUGUACCUUCCCCACACUUGUCCUACAAGAGAGAGGGCUGGUUGGUUCUGUGGCAAAUAUCUAUGUUUAUGAUUAUGACCUAGAAACCCUAAAGGGAUCCAACUGGGUGAACGAUCGCAUCAUUGACGCAUUUCUGGCCUCCAGAAUGAUCUUGGCCGAAGAACUGGGACAUGGCAGAACUGUCUUCAUGCUCAGUUGCCACUUCAUGCAGACCUUAAUGUGUGAAAGUCUGUCGGUACAAACCAUGCAAUUCUGCAUGAAAUAUGGAGUGCUGCAGAAGGACGUCCUCAUCAUUCCAGUAAAUGACCAACGCGUCCACUGGAUAUUGAUCGUUAUAAUUUUAAAAACGAAGACCAUGCUGUACCUGGAUUCCAAACACGGGCUUGAUCGCACCAUCAUCACGGCCAUAACAUCCUUUUUAGGGCAUCUCUAUGAGCUGGAUUCCGGAAAACCCUAUACUUUUGAGGACUGGUCAUUUUUUGCACCGACUGAUAUACCGAGGCAAGACAAUUCCACUGACUGUGGGCCUUUCACAUGUGCUAUCGCACAUCUGGUCACAUCUGGUGUCCAAUUACAGUUCAACCAAAGCGACAUGGCUUUCAUUAGGCCCUGGAUUGCAAGAGAAAUAGUUCAAUACAGCGGGAAAACCUAUCUUGAAAAGGAAGAGGGGUACAUCCCACUGGAAAUAGUUGACGCUACUUUCAAGAAACAAGCAAUGUUCCAAAAGAGUGACAUCCAUGUCUCAAGAUCUUGUCCCCCUGGUUCUGAGAACACACUUACGUAUUGCUCAAAGAUUUUGCCGUCCUUGUUGGAGGGCUGUCGGUCACGCUGUUUUAUGAAGGACUGUUGUAUGAGGCCCAGCCAGAACUUGACCGUAGUAUACUGUAGCAAAUCUUGCAAGGGCUGGUACCACUGCAUCUGCUUAGGAAUUGAUUCCGAAGACAUCCCCCGAGCUUUUGUGUGCCAGAAUUGCCAAUCCGCUUUCAGCAAAUAAGCUACAAUGGAAUUGGAAGAUUAUUCCCCAGGAGAGCUACAGAGGAUUGUAGGACGACCUACAGAGAAGAAAGACUUGUUUGUGUGUUUGGAUGUUGAGGAUAAUAAAAGAAAAUUUAAUGGCA